UCAUAUCCACCUUAUAUUAUAACGAGGACAAGCAGUUCUCUUCUUAAACCUGAUCAAACUACUGCAAAGGUGUUAGAAAAAGUUUUCCAUUUACCUAGUGAACAUAUAUCUAUACGAGUAAGUGUUUGAGAAUUGUGUUGUUUAUGGUUAGCUGAUACCAUGUUGGACAAUUUACCGAAGAAAACUUCCAUUAUUAAGACAAAAGAGAAAUGGAAGGUCUCGGCAUCGACCAAUGCGAAAAAUUGCAAGAACUACAUUCGCGAACUUGUAGAUAAUUUGGUACUUGAACCUAACCCCGAGAAACAAGUCAUUGCCUUAUCUCUAGGAGAUCCAACAGUUUAUGGAAACCUUCAAACUGCAAACGAAGUGGUGGAAGCUGUGUUGGAUACAGUAAGGGAUGGUGCCUGUAAUGGAUACGUACCCUGUUUAGGUCUUCCUAAAGCUAGAAAAGCAGUCGCCAAAUACCUUUCUCGAGAUAACGUUAUCUAUGAAGAAAAAGAUAUUAUACUAUGCAGCGGGUGCUCACAUUCUUUAGAACUCUGUAUCACAGUCCUUGCAGACCCAAAAAAAGGCCAUAAUAUACUUAUACCGAAACCUGGUUUUCCACUUUAUAGAACUCUUGCUGAAAAUUUGGGUGUAACAGUCAAAAUGUACAACCUCCUUCCAGAAGCGAAUUGGGAAAUUGAUCUGAAUCACAUGGAAAGUCAAAUAGAUGAAGAUACUGCAGCUAUCAUAAUAAAUAAUCCUUCUAAUCCUUGCGGGUCCAUUUUUGACUAUAACCACCUUAAAGAUAUUCUCGACGUUGCCGAAAAAUACAAAAUACCAAUUAUUGCCGAUGAAAUAUACGAAAGACUUGUAUUUCCCGGUAACGUUUUCGUCUCUGCGACAUCAGUGAGCAGUCAGGUUCCAAUGCUGGUUUGUGGAGGUUUAGCAAAGCGAUUUCUAGUUCCGGGCUGGCGAAUGGGAUGGAUAGCAAUACACGAUCCGAUUGGUGCUUUUGAAAAUGAGAUUAGGACCGGAUUAUGCAGUUUAUCUCAAAAAAUAAUUGGAAGUAAUACCAUUGUUCAAGGAGCUCUCCCGCGGAUAUUAGAAUGCACCCCGCAAACAUUUCACGAUGGUUUAAUAGAUACUUUAUACGAAAACGCGAGGAUCGCCUAUAAAUAUUUAUCAACGGUUAAAGGGCUGGAACCCUUUAUGCCCCAAGGUACCAUGUACAUGAUGGUAAAGAUUCAAAUGAAAAACUUUCCUCAGUUUAGUACCGGACUUGAAUUAAUGCAGAAGAUGAUGGAAGAACAGUCAGUGUUCUGUCUACCGGGUGAUGCUUUUGGAAUACCAGGAUAUAUGCGUCUAGUAAUUACGAUCCCCAAGGAGCUGAUAGAAGAGGCCUGUAAAAGGAUAACUGAAUUUUGUGGGAAGUAUUUUAUGGAAGUGCAAUAAAAUAAAAAGUUGAGUCAAACUUUAUCUGCAAAUACAAUUUAUUACAAAAAGAACUGUAUAAAUCAAAUACCAUUUUUUUUUCAAUGUUGACAUAUCAUAUAUAGAUACGUAGGUAUACAAUAAUACUGUUACAUACACAAAAAAAUAAAUAAAAAUAUUAAGAGGA